AACCCAGCCAAGUCACGAAAAUACGAUCACAUCACCAGAGACCCCGGAAUUUCGAAACAGAGUUACUCCGGGGCCUCGAUCGAUCAGUCUGUGGAACUCCUGCUAGAAGCGGGGGCAAACGUGAAUCAUCUGAGUAAAGGCAGAAGCUAUGGCAACGCCCUUAUUGCAGCUUGCAUGCUUUCUGGGAGUAGAGAAAUCGUCCAGCUUCUCCUUGACGCAGGUGCCGAUGUCAAUAUGCAGAUUUAUCAGGGCAAGUACGGGAGUCCUCUAGCUGCAGCUUGUUUUUGGGAACGGGUAAGCUCGGUAAGGCUUUUACUCAAUGCCGGAGCACGCCUAAAUAUCGAGUUUCCGUCGGAGUGCACAUAA